CAAGGGUAAAAUGGGAAACUCAAUAAGUAAAAAUGGACCAAUAGGAGUGUUUGACGAGGAUUGUACUUUAAUGUUCGUUCAAAGCUCUUUUAACUUUUCCCAUCAUCUCUUUCUCACCUCCUCCUCUCUCUUUCUCUCUCUUUCUCUCUCUGAACCCAGAAGAAACCUCAAAAAAAAAAAGGUUUCUCAAAACAACAAUGGUGAGUUCCACAGACACAAUCUCUGCUUCAUUUGUAUCAAAGAAGUCUCGAUCUCCUGAAACAUCACCCCAUAUGAAAGUCACUCUCAAGGUCAAGAACCAACAGGGAGCAGAGGAUUUGUAUAAAAUUGGAACUCAUGCACAUCUAAAGAAACUAAUGAGUGCUUACUGUACGAAGAGAAACUUAGAUUACAGUUCUGUCCGAUUCGUCUACAAUGGUAGAGAAAUCAAAGCUCGACAGACUCCUGCUCAGCUGCACAUGGAAGAAGAAGAUGAGAUCUGUAUGGUCAUGGAACUUGGUGGUGGCGGUCCUUACACUCCUUGAGAUCUCGCCGGAGUUUCUUCAAAAUUUUCCCGAUUUGUUCGCGGGAUAAACAGAUUAGGCUUUCUAAAGAACUUUAGUUAUUUUUCUUAAUUACUCUUUUAGUUUCAAUGUUGCAUCUUAAGUCUCUCUUAACGUUGUUGUUAAUUCGUACUAAUAUUUUCCAAGGAAAUUAGUUAAUGUUUUUCUCUCGGUAAUUGGUAAAUAAUCUGAGAACCGGAAUAUCGAGAAAGCGUCCACCGGUUCACAGAGUUAACCGGGAAAUAAUCGGAAUUGAUAUUACCUUCCUGUAAAUAACCAAUUU